AUGAAUGACGACGGCUCUAACGGUGGCACCAAUGCUGCUACUCCUUCCAAAUCCAGCGACAGUGAUGUUGUCAAUCCUUCAAACGGUAGUGACAUUGCCAACCCUUUAUUUCUUCAUUCUUCGGAUCAUGUCGGUCUGAUUCUUGUCUCAAAAAAACUCAACGGAAACAAUUACAAUACUUGGUCUUGCGCCAUACGCAUUGCCCUCAGUGCCAAGAACAAGCUUGGUCUUGUAGAUGGUUCUUUGGAGCCAGACCUUGCUGGCAGUGUCAUCUAUUUGCCAAAUGCUCAUGAAAUAUGGGUCAAUCUUCAUGAGCAUUUUUCACAAGGUAAUGGUCCUUAUCUCUUUCAGAUUCAACGAGAAAUCAACUCCUUAACUCAAGCAAAAAAUGAAACUAACAAACUUAUACAGUUUUUUAUGGGCCUAAAUGAGUCAUACAGUGCAACUUGA